UCCUCCUAGACGAGGCCGCAACCACCAAAGCCGAGGAGGAGAUCACGAGACGAGAGAGAGGCAGAGCAAUCGAAGCCCCACGCCAUGGUCAAGAUCAAGAUGCCCGCCCUGUUCCGCCGCCGGAGCGGCUCCAAGUCGCCGCCGCUGCCGCAGGCCGACCCCGCGUCCGGCGGCGGGUCCCCGGCGCCGACGCCGGAGGAGGAGAUGGAGCGGGUGUUCCGCAAGUUCGACGCCAACGGCGACGGCCGGAUCUCGCGGUCCGAGCUCGGCGCGCUGUUCGAGAGCCUCGGGCACGCGGCCACCGACGACGAGCUCGCCCGCAUGAUGGCCGAGGCGGACGCCGACGGCGACGGCUUCAUCAGCCUCGACGAGUUCGCCGCCCUCAACGCCACCGCCAGCGGCGACGCGGCCGCCGUCGAGGAGGACCUCCGCCACGCCUUCCGCGUCUUCGACGCCGACGGCAACGGCACCAUCUCCGCCGCCGAGCUCGCCCGCGUCCUCCACGGCCUCGGCGAGAAGGCCACCGUCCAGCAGUGCCGCCGCAUGAUCGAGGGCGUCGACCAGAACGGCGACGGCCUCAUCUCCUUCGAGGAAUUCAAGGUCAUGAUGGCCGGAGGCGGCUCCUUCGCCAAGAUCGCCUAGGAUCAAUCAACCACCCAAUUUCUUCCCUUCUCCUCAUCCUCCUCAUUGACCAACUCCUAUCCAUCCAUCCAUCCGAGCGUGCCGUGUGCGGUGGAAAUUUUAAGUGUAUAUACAACCGAUUAAAAGACCACUAGCCCUAGAUUCUUUCUACUAAUAAUUGCGAUUCUCAACUACUACUAGUUUCUUUCUUGGUAGAUUGGAAAUUGGAGGCUAAAAAGCAGCAAUUCUAUCCCCUGCUUUUGGUUCUAAGACACGCCAAUGCUUUCUCUCUUUUUUUUCCCCACAAGAUGUAAGCGUUUGCGUGGAGUAAGAGUCUUGGAUCUUGGAUCUUGCAUUCUUGUUUCGAUUGUUCACCAUCUGGAAUUCUGGAUGUCAGUUAAUCUGAUCUUAAUAUAAUCCCCUUCUGGAUGUCAUGUCAGUAA